AUGUUCCUAACGGCCGUUACCGGACCCAAGUAUCCAGAAAUGACGGAGAAUCAGAAAGAGAGGCUGAAGUCGACGUGUCCGGAGAGGCACAUACCGAAAGGGUCUCUGAGGGGGUCAAUAGAGUGUCAGAGCCAACCCUCGACGGAGACCCCGACAGAGCUCGGCUUCAUCUACAGGGAGCGUGAAAAGGCUGGAACUACCGGCCGGGAUACUGCAACUAUUGAGCAGUACAAAGGUGUUCAAGGAUUUGUUCCUGCUGCAGGCCUCUCGGCGCAUUUGACCAUCUCGCAUCACCAGACGUCUGGUAGUCAAUUGUCUCAAGAGAAAUUGGCUGCUCUGUCGAAGCCACUUGAUGAGGCAGACAUCGCUCCGGUAGGUCUCAUUCGAUACAACCUAGACAUAAACCAAGGAGCGUUAGGGCCAUCGCAAAGCUGCUGGAUUAGACACCAUAGCGGCACGGCCGACAAGGUCAAAUUCUCCUGGGCUGCGGGAUCCGUCUAG